AACAGUAAUUGUUUAGAAAAGCUGAGGGGAGGAUUCAUAGUUCCACUUUUUGUGUGUAUAUUUUUCUAUAAUAUAAUUUUGAUUGAAUUCUAUUAAAAUAGUUUUUCAAAAUUUCGUUGCUCCGUACAAUAAAAACGAUAUAAAUAUUCAUUUAUGUAGACGUUACUUUUUACAGUAAUAAUAAGAUCUACAAAAUGUUUCGAAGUAUACAUUCUAAUCGACGUUUGGCUUAUCAAGCACCUGUCAAUUUUCUUUCUUCCACCGGAUGUACUUCAAAUUUUUCAACUGUUUCAUCACCAUCGAUUGUUUUACUAACAGCGCCAACAACUUAUCUUCCACAAUAUAAACAAAAAGCAUUUUAUUCUAGCGAUCCAUCGUUACCAGAAUUAACGAAGGAUAGAUAUGGGGUGAAAAGAGGCGAUUACAGUCAAUUAAAUGAUGAUCAUAUAAAAUAUUUUACACAGUUAUUAGGAGAAACUCGUGUGUUAACUGACGAAGAUGAAGUACAAAGUUACAAUGUCGAUUGGAUCAAAAACUGCAGAGGUUAUAGCAAAUUAGUGUUAAAAGUUCGAACAACUGAAGAAGUAUCUAAGAUUUUAGAAUUUUGUAAUAAAGAACGUCUUGCAGUAUGCCCUCAAGGUGGAAAUACUGGUCUUGUAGGUGGAUCCGUACCUGUGCAUGAUGAAAUUGUUAUUUCUACAACGUUAAUGAAUAAUAUUAUUAGUUUUGAUGAAAACUCAGGUAUUCUGGUCUGUCAAGCGGGAUGCAUAUUAGAAGUGUUAGAUUCAUAUUUAAAUGAGAAAGGCUUUAUGAUGCCAAUUGAUUUGGGUGCAAAAGGUUCAUGUAAUAUUGGUGGUAAUGUGUCGACAAAUGCAGGGGGCUUACGAUUGUUACGAUAUGGAAAUCUUCAUGGUACUGUUUUGGGAGUUGAAGCAGUUUUGGCCAAUGGAGAAAUUGUAGAUUGUUUAAGUACUUUAAAAAAAGAUAACACUGGAUAUCAUUUAAAACAUUUAUUUAUUGGAUCCGAAGGAACAUUAGGUCUUGUUACGAAAGUAGCAAUAAAUUGUCCAAUUAAACCUCGGGCAAUAAAUGUGGCAUUUUUAUCAUUGAAUUCAUUUGAAGAUAUAUUGAAAACUUUUAAACAAGCUAAACAAGACUUAGGUGAAAUUUUAUCGUCAUGUGAAAUGAUGGAUCAACAAUCAUUAGCCGUGGUGGAAGAAAAUCUAAAAUUACGUAAUCCAUUAAAUGAAAGUUCACCAUUCUAUAUGCUAAUUGAAACAUCAGGCAGUAAUAUGAAUCAUGAUGAGGAGAAAUUAAAUAAAUUUAUUGAAACAGCUUUGGAAAAGGGUAAUAUUACUAAUGGAAUAGUUACAAAUGAACCUGGAAAAGUUCAUACGAUAUGGCAAUUGCGUGAACGAAUAACCGAUGGAAUAUUAAAAGAUGGCUAUACACUUAAAUACGAUGUUACUUUACCUUUAGAGCAUUUCUAUUCAAUUGUGCCUGAUGUGACUAAACGUUUAGGCAGUCUCGCUAUUCGAGUUAUUGGAUAUGGCCAUAUAGGUGAUGGAAAUUUACAUUUAAAUAUUUCAACAAAACAAUAUUCACAUGAAGUGAUGGAACUAGUUGAGCCAUACGUAUUUGAGUACGUAUCCAAAUUAAAGGGUAGUGUAAGUUCUGAGCAUGGUAUAGGAUUUAAGAAGGCACAUGUGAUACAUUACUCGAAAAGUCGUAGUGCACUUUUGUUAAUGAAACAAUUGAAGAAUUUAAUGGAUCCAAAUAAAAUCUUAAAUCCUUAUAAAGUGUUACCUGAUGAAAUAAAAUGAUUUUUACAAGAAAUUCAAUGUACUGAAAUAAGAAAAUUCCUCAAUAAAGUUUAUUUUUAAGUUUUA